UUGGCAAAGUAUAAAAGGCUCACCCAACAAAAUUUAAUUUUUUAUUUAUUAUUUUCGUUGAAACCAAUAAAACGGUGCCGUAUCUCCCUACAAAUGGGAGAACACAUUCUCCGAUAAAUUCCCCGAAAACUCCGCCGAUCGCCGGCGGAAUCUGCCCGGUGAGGGUUCCGGCGACGUUAUUGACUUGCUGCUGAAAUUAAGUCACAUCAUUGUUAUUUAUAUAGGUUUCGGAAGAAAUGGCGUCGGAAGAUGCGGUGACUAAGACGACGAGUGAGUCUGCCGUCACCACCAUCGUUAACCUAGCCGAAGAGGCAAAGCACGCUAGCGAAGGAGUCAAGGCUCCUAGCCAUGCUUUUAUUAGCGUUGGAAAGUCUCUCAUCGCUGGAGGUGUCGCUGGUGGAGUGUCACGCACUGCUGUUGCUCCAUUGGAAAGAUUAAAAAUUUUGCUCCAGGUACAAAAUCCUCACAGUAUCAAAUACAAUGGAACAGUUCAGGGGUUGAAGUAUAUAUGGAGAACUGAAGGACUCAGAGGAUUGUUUAAAGGCAAUGGUACUAAUUGUGCUCGCAUUGUUCCAAACUCUGCUGUAAAAUUCUAUAGCUACGAGCAGGCAUCUAAGAGCAUUUUAUGGUUUUACCGGCAGCAAACUGGAAAUGAAGAGGCUCAACUGACACCUCUUUUACGGCUUGGAGCUGGUGCCUGUGCUGGAAUUAUAGCCAUGUCGGCAACUUACCCAAUGGAUAUGGUACGAGGUCGACUGACUGUCCAGACAGAAAAAUCACCUCACCAGUACAGAGGAAUCUUCCACGCUCUUUCAACAGUUCUUCGGGAAGAAGGUUUUCGGGCAUUAUAUAGGGGCUGGCUACCUUCUGUCAUAGGAGUUGUACCAUAUGUUGGUCUCAACUUUGCUGUCUAUGAAUCCUUAAAAGAUUAUCUGGUCAAAACUAAACCAUUUGGAUUAGUUAAUGACUCUGGGGAGCUGAGUGUGACAACGAGACUCGCUUGUGGGGCUGCAGCUGGAACCGUUGGCCAGACAAUUGCUUACCCUCUGGAUGUUAUUCGGCGAAGAAUGCAGAUGGUGGGUUGGAAAGAUGCAUCUUCAAUCGUAACUGGUGAUGGGAAAGGCAAGCCCUCACUUGAAUACACCGGGAUGGUUGAUGCAUUCAGGAAAACAGUUCGGUAUGAAGGAUUUGGAGCUCUGUACAAGGGCUUGGUCCCCAAUUCCGUGAAGGUGGUCCCAUCUAUAGCAAUUGCAUUUGUUACUUAUGAGGUGGUUAAGGACAUUCUUGGAGUUGAAAUGAGGAUAUCUGACUGAAUUAACUAUCCAUCUAUUUUGAUAAUCUUUUUCUCAUAGGGAAGGUUUCUGUUAUUCUUGUGCUAUUGCAUCAUGGAAAUAAUAAGUAAUGGUUUGGAAAUUAUCCACUGUGAGAUGCAUUUGUGUUGUGGAUGGAUGUAAGAGAAUUCUUAGUUAAAAACACUUUGUGGUUAUGGUUUAUAAAUGUGAUUUAGUUUGAUUCUCUA